AUGCAGUCAACUCCUAACAAAGGCAAUGGUCUCGAUAUGGAUAAGGACUCUUGGGGUCAAUCUUUGCAAGAGGUUAAUGUUGUUGUUCCUGUACCUCCUGGAACAAAGUCAAAAGCACUUGUGUGUGAAUUUAAGAAGAACCAUCUUAAAGUUGGGAUCAAAGGUCAUCCUCCAGUAAUUGACGGCGAACUCUUCCAGUCUAUUAAGGUCGAUGAUAGCUUCUGGACCUUAGAGGAUCAGAAAUCUGUCUCUAUCCUCCUUACCAAGCAGACCCAGAUGGACUGGUGGAAGUAUCUGGUGAAGGGUGAGCCAGAGAUUGAUACCCAGAAAAUAGAACCUGAAACCAUCCGACUUUCGAAUUUGGACACCGAAACACGUUCUACUGUGGAAAAGAUGAUGUUUGACCAACGACAAAAAUCCUUGGGCCUUCCGACAAGUGAUGAAAUGCAGAAGCAAGAGAUUCUAAAGAAGUUUAUGGCAGAGCAUCCAGAGAUGGACUCUUGA